AUGUUCCCCUCCAGCGCCACGCUCCUUUCCUUCUACGCCGCCACAUCAUAUGUUGCUGCCUUGUAUGUGUUCCCAGGCAGGCGUAUCUACGGCCAUGCUAGCCGGAACGAUCCAAAAGCGAUCUGGUAUGGGAUGAAAGCCGUGGGAUGUGGAGUCUUGGCAAACCUCCUGAUCAUUCCAUGGCUACAGAGCAGGCUGGCCAGUGAUGGCUUCAGCUUUGUCGAUUGCUUUUUCCGCCUCGGGCUUGUGCCGGGCGCGUAUGCCCACUUUCGCGGGCUGCAUUGGGACACACUGGCAUACGCCACCGAUAUUCUACGCGCACUCAGCAUCUUAGGCUCUCUGUACGCCGCGGACCUCCUCGAUAGCGCUGCAUACUACCUGCUUGUGCCUGACACGUCGCCGGUGGUGGAUCUGGUCGACCGCCUCUCGUGCACGACCGGGCUCCGGAACUACGUUUUCGGCCCGAUUACCGAGGAGCUAGUCUACACCUCCAUGGUACUGCAAAACUACCGCCUGCUGCAGCCCACCAUCUCGCGCGCCAUGCUCCUGCUGGCGACUCCUAUGUUCUUCGGCGUGGCACACGUACACCACGCGCGCCAGCUGCUCGCCACGGGCCACCGCCCCGCGCAGGUCGCACUCACGUCCAGUUUCCAGAUUCUCUACACGACCCUGUUCGGUACCUUCACCAACUACAUUUAUUAUCACACAGCUGGGAACCUUUGGGCCUGUAUACUGCUCCACGCCGUGUGCAACUACCUGUCAUUCCCUAGUCUGAGCUCUGACGUUUUCGCCGACUAUUGCGCGAAAGUCCCCCCAGCAUUACGUGCUCUGUGGAAAAUGCGCCUCCUGCAUGCAUGGGGCUACACAUAUCGCUUGUGUCUGCUCUGCGGCCUCUUAGCCUUCCUCGACGGCAUACGGACCUUUUCGUCCUCCGCCGGCGACUUGUUUCUUGACGCCUAA